UUCAAAAAGUUUACAAGCAAUGCGCAAGCGGCAAGUAGAGAAAUGAGGGGCAAACAAGAUUAUUAUAGCACAUGGAAGUGGGUUCUGUUAUUAAAUUAAUAUUGGAAAUAUAAGAAACUUGCCAAAGUAAUGUAAGAUAUGGUGCGUGAAAUGGUAGGGGGCUGCUGUGUAUGCCUCGACGAAAGAGGUUGGAACGAAAAUCCCUUGGUCUACUGUGAUGGAAGUGGCUGCAAUGUAGCAGUGCAUCAAGCUUGUUAUGGCAUUGUUAAAGUUCCAAGUGGUCCUUGGUUUUGUUGCAAAUGUAGAUCUCAAGAAAGAGUUGCCAGGGUGAAAUGUGAACUAUGUCCUUCAAAAGAAGGUGCACUAAAAAGAACAGAUAAUGUUGGUUGGGCUCAUGUUGUUUGUGCACUGUACAUACCUGAAGUGCGUUUUGGUGAUGUCAGCACAAUGGAGCCCAUUAUAUUUUCAUCGGUGCCUCAUGAAAGAUUUCUGAAGACUUGUUACAUUUGUGAGGAAAAUGGUCGAGAAAGUAAAACCUCCAAUGGUGCUUGCAUGAAUUGCCAUAAAGCAGGCUGCAAAUUGUCAUUUCAUGUAACUUGUGCCCAGUCCAAACGGUUGCUAUGUGAAGAGGCUAGUGUAAAUGGGCAUGUACAAUAUGUUGGCUAUUGCUCUACUCAUUGGUCACGCAGGUUUAAGCAGCCGUCUGUAACACCUCACAUUACUGAAGCUGAAGUUAAAACACACGCGAAAGAGCGCAAGGGGCGAUCACGAACUGACAGCACGUCGAGCAACACUUCUGUUGAAAUUGUGAAGCGCGGCCGGAAACCGAAACUCGUAGACGUCGUUUCGCUAGAUGAUAAAUCGUCAGACAAUAGACUUGAAGCAAUUUCACCAGUAACGGCUGACGAAGCUGUAUUUGAAAACCACCCAAGUAGCAAAGCUGCUGCCGUUCCCAACGGACAAGCGUCGUGUAAAGAGAGUGCUAGCUCGCAUUCUUUCUCCGUAAAUGGAAUAUUAAGUAAUGACAAGUCGAAAAUGAGCUCUCCUUUAAACACGCCUGUCACGAACCACCUAAAAGACAGUUCGAAGCCUUUUGACGUAAGCGGCCCGACCAACGUGCACGACAAAAAGGAAUCACAAAGUAGACACAAGUCUGAACUAAAAAUUAGAAAAUCUAGCGAAAAAGAGAAGCUAAAAAAGUUGAAAAACAAAAUAAAUGGCUAUAAGGAAUUAAAUAAAGAAAAGAAGAAGGACAAAGAGAUUUUAAGUAAAGAUGUAGAAAGAAAGAAAAAAGAUAAACAUAUUGAAAAAAGCAUUGAGAAAAAGGCAAAGGGUCACGCUAAAGAGAAGAUCAAUGAAAAGAAACGUAAAUUCCCACAACCGUCACAGCUCGGUUUGUUAGAAAAUGGAAAAGUCAGCUCUUGGGACAGCGUCACUCCAAAAUAUGAUGAACCCCCAGAUAAUUUUCAACAAUUUCUUGAACACCAAUGGAACCAAAGUGCACAAUUUCUUACUGCGAAAGCGGAACACUUCGAUGUUGCUUCUUUGUUGGGUUGUCUGCACCAGUUAAAAGCUGAUAAUACGAAACUAGAGAAAAAACUACUAAGCUUACAGUCCAGGCGUGAUCGCCUACUCGGAGUAAAUGCUCGUUUAGCUGCGUCCAUAACAGAAUCUAACUUGCUUGGAAAUGGGAAGAUUCAAAGUCCUUUGUCGUCAAUGUUGUCUAAACUCAACGAUUCACCAACGGCAUCGAAGCCAAAGAAAAGUAAGAAGUCUCAAAAAAAAUCGCCUGAGCUGGACCACCACAAUGCAGCGUCUCCCGAUCUCGCUCUGUUGGCGGCAACAAGUGCAAGGCUUGGAGGCUCUUCCAGGGACACUUUCGCAGAUUUGUCUGUACCUUCUGACGAGAAGCCACCCACCUUGCAACAUACUGAACAUAAUACGUUGAUGCAACCCGAUGCCACGUCGCAUAUACAUGGCGAGCUCAUACCGAACCGAAGUAAUUUUCACGCUCAAAUGGAUUUCUUAGCAAACUCUUCAACGAAACAGCGUUGAACGUGGACUUCAACACAGUACCAUACAGAUAGACAGACGGUGAUGCUAAAGUGAUAAAUACAUGGAUUCUGAAGGUACAAUUGGAAUUGCUAGAACCAUUUUCAGGGUGGAUAUCAAAAUUAAAAUUAAAGUAAAAUUUUUAUGAAAAUAUGAAAUGUCUGUAACUGGUGUUGUGAAAUACUUAUUUUAUUCGCGA